CCCCAGCCCGACCCGACGGGGCCCCCGCUCAGCCUUGGGGCCAGCGGAGCGGAGCGGAGCGCAACGGGCGGCGAUGGGGCGCAUCGAGUGGGCCAUGUGGGCGAACGAGCAGGCGCUGGCCUCCGGACUGAUUCUAGUGACCGGAGGCAUUGUGGCGGUGUCUGGCCAGUUCAAAAAUUGGGAAUAUGCAGCCUACGCGAUAGUGGCCGGGGUUUUUAUUUGCCUGCUGGAGUACCCUCGAGGAAAGCGGAAAAAGGGAUCCACCAUGCAGAGAUGCGGCCAGAGGUUUCUCACACCGGUGGUGAAAGUGUUUGGCCCUCUCACCCGGAAUUACUACGUCCGGGCCUUCCUACAUGCUGGCCUGGCGAUCCCAGCAGGAUUCUUGCUGGCCACGAUCCUCGGCACUGUUUGCCUUGCCAUCGCAAGCGGCAUCUACUUACUGGCGGCCACCCGAGGGGAAGAGUGGCAACCCAUUGAAGCGAAGCCACGUGAGCGGCCACAGGUGGGAGCCACCAUCAAGCACCCGCCGACUGAGCCGCCCCCUCGGCCUCCGGCAGAGGCCCGCAAGAGACCGGCGGACGAGGCGAGGGGCAGCAGCGAUGGCCAGGAAAACCCCCUCCCGGUCGUUGUGGAAGCAGAGUGAUGGGCCGGGCUCGUCCUCCCCAAGAAGUCCAAAGCGGGGGGGGGGAAGCGCCUGUGGCCCUCCCCUUCCAGCCCCAGCGUCCGCCAUGGGUCGGGUGCAGUUCAGCCUCCUGCGGCCGGCUCUUUCCCCGUUUGCUCCUGAAUGCCCACCUGAGCCCAGCCCCCCCCCGUGCUGCUCUUGCUGCCCGACGUGGCAGGGGGCGCGUUGUCUCCUUCUGCUGCUGCAGGCGGAGUUUCUGAGGCAUCAAGACUGGGCUUGAACGUCUUCCUGUUUCUGUACAGGAAUGGGGCCUGUUCUCUCUCGGGUCCCCCAGGUUUCUACUUUGUAAUAAAGUGGCCACUUUGGUUGUUGAACAGAAAAAAAGGGGUGCCUUCCUUGUACAAAAAUCCAGAAAGGAGCAUGGGUCACAACUUGAUGCACACGAAAGGCGUCCAAAACCAGUGAGAUUUUGAGUCUCACAUUUGGCACAGAUCUGUUGAUGUCCAGGCUGAAAAAGUGACUUAAAACUCACCUCAUUACCUGCUACUUUCAUUACCUGAAAACAAAACAAAACAAAAACCUUUGGAUGGCUGAGAAUCACAUGAAACUUGAAUAAUCUUGUCAAAAUUCCUCUAAAAAUAAUUGGUAAACAUCAUGAAUUUGUGCAAAUGAGACAAUUUCCCCCCCAAUCAGUAUCUAAUUUUUAAAAUAUAACACCCUGACAU